GCCGAGGUGCGCGGCGAGGCGGCCGCGCAGGAGGUGCGCGCCGCGCUCGCGCAGGAGUGGACGCGCGGAUCGAGGCCGUGUCGCGCGAGGUCUGGAGCGCCUUGACGGAGGUGGAGGCGCGCGUCGCCGCGAGCGCCGAGACGGCGGCCCGCGAGGCCCGCGCGGCCGUGGCCGGGGAGCUGCGCACGGUGGGCCGCGAGGCCAGCUCCGGCAGCGCAGGCGAGGACCGCGUGGCGUCGCGCGUGGCGGAGCUGGUGUCCGAGCUCGGCUUCGUCGGCCCGCGCCUGCUGCAGCAGGAGGUCGCCAUCAGAGAGCUGGCGGCGAGGGUCACAGACGCCGGGCACGACACCAGGGACGCCGAGGCGCGCGCGGCGCUCGAGAGCCUGGGCCGGGAGCAGCGCGCCGCGGCGCUGCAGCUGCGGGGGCUCGAGGACCUCGUGGAGCGGGCCACGCAGUGCGCCCUGCGCGCCGUGGAGCGCGCGGAGGAGGUGGCGGAGGUCAAGGUCGAGGUGGCGGGCCUGCGGGCGGACCUCGGCCGCGUGGCCCCGCAGGCAGCCGGCGCGCCCCGGCGCGGCUCCCCGCGGCCCGAAGGCUGA